AUGGAGUUGGAGGCUAUGAGAGCGGGUCUUCUACUACUUAUUCACCAAGGCAUGGAUGGUGUGGACAUUGAGACCGACUGUGCCGUGGUGGUUACAGCACUUAAAGGAAAUAUGGAAGAUCUUUCAGAGGUAGGUUGUAUUGUGGAUGAUUGCAAAGAUUAUAUGAGUGCAAUUCCCUCCUACAAUUUACAAUCUAUUUACAGGGAAGCAAAUGAUGUAGCUCAUAGAUUGGCGCACCUUGCUAGUGUUAACUAUUUAGAUUAUUACUGGCUAGAUGAGGCUGCUGUGAUUAUCCAGGAUGUACUCUAUGAGGAUUCUUGUACUAGUACUCGAGGUAUAGGUAUUACGUCCCCCUCGCUGUACAAUCAUCCUUUCUACUAUUAUUAA